UAGCUUGCAACCUGAUCUUACCUUGCUGUUUGCAAAAAAAAAAAACAUUCCUUUAUUUCCCUUGAUUUCUUUCAUUCCAAAAGAAGAAAACAUGGCCGAGGUGGGAGUGGCAUUUCUCUCUGCCAUCCUUGGAGUGGUCUUCGAUAAAAUGGUAUCUCCCGAAGUUGUUGACUUUAUGCAGGGAAGAAAGUUAACCGAAGGACUCCUAAGGAAAUUGAAGACAGCGGUGUUGUCCGUGAAUGUAGUGCUCGAAGAUGCAGAGGAAAAGCAACUUACGAAGCCUUUUGUGAGAGAUUGGAUUGAUGAGCUGAAAGAUACUCUCUAUGAAGCAGAGGACAUCUUGGAUGAGAUUGCUACCAAAGCCUUGCGACGCAAGUUGGAUGCUGAAUUCCAAACCACUGCAGGAAAGGUUAGAAACUCCGUCUCUGUUUUCCUUAAUCCUUUUAUCCAUCGCCUAGAGCCAAAGAUUCAAGAGGUACUUGAUAGACUAGAACAUCUAGCAAAACAAAAGGAUUUUAUGGGUCUACAAGUAGGAGUACUUGGAGGAAAACAAUAUCCAGAAAGGUUGUCCGAUUCUUUUGUCAGAGAGUCCGACACUUUUGGUAGGGAUGAGGAAAAGAAAAAAGUAAUUGACUUAUUGCUCUCGUCUGAUGCGAGUGGCAAUGAAAUGUGCGUGAUUGCCAUCGUUGGCAUGGGGGGAAUCGGCAAGACUACCCUCGCUCAAUUGGUAUACAAUGAUAGUAGUGUGGAACAACAUUUCAACCUUAAAAUAUGGUUUUGUGUUUCAGAAGAAUUUGUUGUGCUCAAUGUAAUGAAAUCAAUUAUAGAUCAGUCUGCAACUUCGUCAGCAGGUGACACUAAGGGUCCAGAGAAUCUUCGAGAGAGACUACAGAAGAAUUUGAACGGGAAGAAAUUUCUCCUUGUUUUAGAUGAUGUUUGGAGUGAGAAACCCAUUCAUCAUGAGUUCCUAGGCCAACUCUUGCAAUAUGGGGCUCAAGGAAGUAAGAUCCUUGUCACCACAAGGAAUGAAAGCGUUGCAUUGGCCAUGCACGCGAUUCCACCUCAUUAUCUAAACCAUUUACCAAAUAAUGAUUGCUGGUCCCUUUUUGAAAAACAUGCAUUUCGUGAUGGUAGCUCCAACGCAGAUCCAAAGAUAAAAGAAAUAGGUACACAAAUUGUGAAAAAAUGCAAAGGUCUACCUUUAGCAAUCAAAGCCAUUGGCGAUCUCUUGUGGUCUGAAUCAAAUGUCGAGAGAUGGACGAAUAUAUUGAAAAGCAAUUUAUGGGAUCUUCCCAUGGAGGGGACAAACAUUCUUCCAGCUUUGAUGUUAAGUUAUAAGUAUCUUCCUUCAUAUUUAAAAAGAUGCUUUGCUUAUUGUUCGAUAUUCCCAAAAGAUCAUAUUUUUGAGAAAGAUCAAUUAGUUUUGUUAUGGAUGGCGGAAGGCUUCCUGCAACAAUCCAAAAUAGAAACUAUGGAAGAUGUUGGCAAGCGUUACUUUGAUGCUCUUGUAUCAAGAUCAAUAUUUCAACAAACAAGUCGUGUAACUAACUCAGGUUUUGUAAUGCAUGAUCUUGUCAACGACUUGGCAAAUUUCGUGACUGGGCAAUUUGGCGUUACGCACUUGGUGGGUGAUAGUUCAAACGAAAUUGGGAAGAGGACUCGCUAUUUGCUAUUCAGUGGAAUUUUGAAUAACUUUAGGAUUGAAGAGGAUCUUUUCAAGGCAAAACAAUUGCGCACUUUCCUUGCAUUGGGAUUGGUGAGGAAAAUCAAAAUGCCAAGGACAAUAUUGUGCUUAAGAGUUCUCUCCCUAAUUGGCCAAGAGAUUACUAAGUUGCCUGAUUCAAUUUGCAAGAUGAAAUAUCUACGUUAUUUGGAUGUUUCUGGGGCAACAUUUAACAGGUUGCCCAAUUCCAUAUGUAAUUUGUGCAAUUUGCAAACGUUGAAGUUAGCAGGGUGUUGGAAUUUGGAUAGAUUGCCAAGAGAUAUGUGGAAACUCAUUAAUUUACGUCAUCUUCAAAUUGAUCAAACCAGCAAAAUUAAGGAGAUGCCGAUAAAAAUGGGUAAAUUAAAUUAUCUCCAGACGUUGUCAAAAUUUGUUGUCAGUAAACAUGACAGUGGGUCUAGCAUUGUAGAAUUGGGAAAACUAAAUCUUCGGGGAAAGCUUUUAAUUGAAAAUCUCCAAAAUAUUAGAUCAACCAAAUAUGCCUUGGAAAUCUUGAAGGGUAAGGCUUACCUAGAGGAGUUGGAGUUAAAAUGGAAUGCUCCAAUUGGUAUUUCGGAAAGUCAAAGCGGUGUACUUCAAAAUCUACAGCCGCAUCAAAACUUGAAAAGUCUCUCCUUCAGGAACUACUGCGGUAGAAGUUUUCCUAAUUGGAUAGGAGGGCUUACUUCAUUGUCUAAGUUGGCUUUAAUUGAUUGCAAUUAUUGUAGUGCCUUGCCACCCCUUGGGCAGCUAUCUCUUCUUAAUCAACUCUUGAUUGGUGGAUUGGAUGGAGUUGUUACUAUGGGUCCAGAGUUUUCUGGAAAUAUUAGUAAUUCUUCAAUGAGGCCAUUUGGAAGAUUGAAAAUUCUGAUUUUGGCGAAUAUUUCGAAUUGGGAAAACUGGGUUCAUUUGGGUGAAGAAAAUGAAGUUGAAACUUUUUCUCAAUUAAAAGGGUUGUAUAUUCAGAAAUGCCCCAAGCUGAGAGGAAGGUUGCCUGUUUAUCUUCCUUCGUUAGAUAAACUUGUGAUUAGUGAUUGUGAACAUCUCGAGUCGCUCUCCAUAGACUCUUUCCCAGUACUUACCAGUAUGAAAAUAAUUAGGUGUGAUAAUUUGGAAUUUGUUGCACUUGCAAAACAAGAUGAACAUGAUGGUUUACUCUCAAAAUUGAAAAUACUUCUGAUUGAUGAUUGUAAGAAGUGUGAGCUUCCCAUGCACCAACAAUUUUCUUCCCUUGAAGUAUUGUUCUUGAAGGAUUGUUGUGAUUCUCUGACGUCCUUUCCAUUAGACCUAUUCCCAAAUCUGAAGAGUUUUCAAAUCGAGGGGUGCAGGAAUUUGCAAUCUCUAGAACAACAUGGAGGUGAUUUAGUGAUAUCAAAAAUAGGAAUAUGGAGAUGUCCUAAUUUUGUAUCUUUUCCCAAAGGAGGAUUGCGUGCCCCUAACCUUGCACUGUUUUCUCUCAAAAAUUGUGAGAUCUUGAGGUUAAUGCCGGAUAAAAUGCACCUAUUGCUUCCGUCUCUUCGUUAUUUGAAGUUAGUAAAUUGUCCAGAAGUUGAGUCGUUUCCAGAAGAGGGAUUGCCUUCCAAUAUGAAGAAAAUUAAGAUCUUGACAUUUAAGAAACUCAUUGCAAACCCGUGGAUGGAAACACUCUCCCGCAUUGAAUGGUUGAAAAUCGGCGACUACGAAUUAGAAGAUCAUGUGGAGUCAUUUCCUGGGGAGUUGUUGCUGCCCACCACUCUAACCUAUCUUUGUAUCAAAUCAAUUGGAAAUUUGAAAUCAUUGGACAAGGAGGGGUUUCAACACCUCACCUCUCUUGUACAAUUGGACAUCAUCGACUGUCGAAAGCUCAGGUACAUGCCAGAAGAGGGCUUUCCUGCCUGCCUUCGUUUUUUAGAGAUAAGGAACUGUGAUCGUGUGUUGAAGGAAGAGUUGAAAGAUAAAAAAGGAGAAGAAUGGCUCAAGGUGGCUCGCGUCUCCAACAUAACUAUUGAUGGCGGAUACAUUCAACAAGAUUAUGAAGAAAGGUGGUCAGGUCGGUAUAAAUAUCAUGAUUUGAAGUUCGAACUACUCUUCUAUGAUAUAAAGUUAAAAAGAAGCUUAUAUGAUUUAGAGUUCGAAUGACACUUCUAUGAUUUUUAAACUAUAUACGUAUUUGAAUAUGUAAUGAUAAUUGAAUUGUUUUUAUUUAGGGUAAAGUUGAUGGUUUGGAAAAUUUGGGAGCUGUGGAUGUGAGACCACAUUUGCUUCCGUUGCACAACUUCCGGCUAAAUGGUUGCUAAUUCGAUUACAUUGAUGGGCUUCUUUUUACUCA